AUGGGCAGAUACAGCAACCCAUUUGUGUUUGGACACGAUAGUUCUGCCGAAAAAUAUGUCAGCGUCUCUGACCUCUGCUGCCAGUUGGAUCGAUGGAUGGCAGAAUAUUCCGACAGGCAGAACUUGGACCAACAAGAAAGCGAAACAGAUCGACAGAUUCAACAAUCUCUUCGAAGCAGCGUCGCUUCUUAUUCUGCGAGGUGGCUUGACCUUACUGCCCAACCUUCUCCUUCAAGACGCGCCCAUUUGGACAUCACCCAGGCACUCUGGCGACACGCGCGGCGAGACAUGCUGAAAGUCACUAACCGGCCUUCUUAUCGGUCGAUGAUAUCGCUUUUCCUCUUCGCGCUAACGCCAAUACCAUAUGGCAUAUCUGAAGAGGAGGAGUCUGAUGGAAUAUCGGGGCAGUCUUGCGUCCACGCAGCUCUGCAACAAAUACAGACUCUUCGAGCCAGGCAACGGAACUUGCAGUUCAGUGGGUCAAAGGUGUCUCCAUCACCCACAAUGGAAGUCCAGGCUAUUUGUACAACUCCAGAGUCGAUUGGAACCUCCAGCUUCAUCAAUGCGGAAAGCAUGGCGUACUGGGCAGCCCUGACAUUCGAUACUUCGGCAUCCUUAACACUCAAUUGCCGCUCCCUGCUCUCAUCCGGCCUGUUUGGCUUCGAAGCUGAAUUACCGUGGCGUCUUGUGAGAACUACCUCUAACAUGUUCGACGAGACAGCCAAAUACUGGGGUCUGAGCAGUUUCGAGAUGACAGACGAACGAGCGAAUCAAAUCAUCGCUGCGGGAGCGUCUUGGAAGCUGCUAGGCUGGAAACUAACGGCAAUCUUUAAAGAGGCUCUUAGAGACGGCCAUGACGAGUCAGAUGUUCAAAAGGCAUAUGACCUAGUUGUUGACUCAGUUAGGCACUUCAACACCAUAUAUCGCCCCCGUCUCGACAUGUGCCAAAAACGCAUGCCGUUCCUCGGUCAGAAGACGAAGCUUCGCUGGUACUCAUUGAUGCUGCACUACCACUUGAGCAUUUUGAUGUUUGUGGAUUUCAUCGACGCCACAAAUCGUUACGAUCUGCUUGCAAGCUUUGCAGUGGAGAGCGCCGAUGCGGAAACUACAGUCAUGAACGCUCUGGCAUUUGGUCUGCACAACACCUACACGAUAAGUCCUAUGCCUGAUUCAACGUCCAACCAUCCCAGCCCUUCGAUAACCGGCGGCAAUGAACCCAUCAUAACUGGUCCUCUUGUAUCUAUUGACCCCUAUCCACAUCACGUUGUGGCCGGCGUGGCUCUCAUGCGCAAGGCCAUUGACCGAGACUAUAGUGUUGGGAAAAUAGCCUUGGAAUCGUACCAGAGUUUAUUGUCAACCUUGGAACGCACCUUGAGUCUUCUGCCUCAGAGCUCAAAAUCUGUCCAGGCUGUGAGGACGAAGUUCUUCUCAAAAGCUCCAGACGAGGAAUUGCCGAAUCACCAGGACCUCUCCGUAAGCAACUGUAUCUUCCUCUUUCUCACAUUCUAG